AUGCCCUAUACAUCUCUGUCAGAGACGAAAAAGCGAAAGGCAUCCGUGGACCAGGAUUUCAUCGUCUCCAUCCUCGAGACCUCGGUGACGAAGCGAGAUGCCAAGGGCUACAUGAACAAGUUCGUCCCCUUGCUGAACCGCAAAGAUGCUGCUGUCUUCAAGCAACGAGCGCCGCAGGCGCCGCCUACUGCGGCAGCCAAUGAUGCCGUCCUACGAAGCGAGCCUGGGCCCCCUCUAUACGUGGCUCUUGUCAAGUUCCGGGCCCCCCAAAGCGUCGACGAUGCAACCAUGCUGGGCGUGGGCAAGACGCUGACACAGCUGAAGAAGCUCGGCCUCACAAGCAUCGUCGUGGUGGACUGCGAUCUGGGGACCGAGAGCGAGGCUUUCCAGCGGCAGCAGACCACAGCACAAGCUGCCCGCAUUGCUGUAGCUGUCGACAGAUAUGACGACCAUGGCUCAAGGAUCAUUGACUCGCCAUUAGCUUUCGGGCAUCCCUCUAGCAAGCUGGGCUCGCCAUCGCCAUACACCUCUCACGACCUUUUUGUUGGCAACAAGCACUGUAUUUCCGACGCCCUCAAGCACGAGCGGAUCCCCGUCAUUCCGUCUUUUGCUUACACGCCCGAAAGUUCUUCCAUCAAGCCAGUGAAUGGCAAUGAUGCUAUUCUGGCGUUGACUCGGAGUCUUUCCGGCCUGCAAUUCGUCGAUCGUACUGAGACCUCUGUCGAGUUGGACUCUGACCUUGCCACCGAAGUCUAUCGGCUCAUCGUCCUGGACCCGCUUGGAGGCGUACCGGCAAGCAAUCGCGCUACUGGCAGACACCUUUUUCUCAACUUGGCUCAUGAGUUUCGAGAAGUCGAGAAAGAUUUGACGGGAAAGCAAAAGGACGAGAUAGCCCAACGCGAGUGCGAAGUACAUCUUGCGAACGCGCAGCUUGCCAAACACGCUUUAACUAUGCUCCCGCCCACAUCCUCAGCAGUCAUCACAACGCCUCAGGAAGUGGCGCGGGAGAGGUCGCCGGACGCUCUGGACUGGGCUCUGGUCAGCACUCGGCGAGGCCAGAACCCGCUCAUACAUAACCUCCUGACGGACAAACCCGUCCAGUCAUCGUCACUGCCGUCCGGGCGCUUCACGCCGGUCACCUCGACGAUGGGAACACCACAGAUUGGGUCCAUGACGACGUUGGCAAAGAGAGGGAUGCCUCUGACCAUAUUUCCAGAUCCUCUGAAGACGCCGUGGAGGCCACCUCAGCCUGGCGAGCGCACGCUCAACCUGACGGACCCGUGCAUCGAUCUUGGGCGGCUGGUGUACUUGAUUGAGGACUCGUUCGGCCGCAAACUGGACGUUGACCAUUAUCUGAAAAGAGUCCAGAACAAGCUCGCGGGGAUCAUUAUUGCUGGAGAAUACGAGGGUGGCGCGAUCCUAACUUGGGAGUCUCCCCAGGAUGGUGACGGCAGUGCAGUCACAGAACCCCAGAGACUAGUCCCAUAUCUCGACAAGUUUGCGGUCCUGCGCAAGGCGCAAGGCGCGGGAGGUGUGGCUGAUAUUGUGUUCAAUGCGAUGGUCAGAGACUGCUUUCCUGAUGGUGUCUGCUGGCGGAGCCGCAAGGACAACCCUGUGAACAAGUGGUACUUUGAGCGUUCCAGGGGAACACUGAAGAUCCCGGACAUGAACUGGACCAUGUUCUGGACGACCCCGGACCUGGGACUGCACGGGGACAGGUUUGCCGACUACGAGAGCGUGUGUCGCGGCAUUGCACCUUCUUGGGCGGACAAAAAGCACAUCAUCGAUUAA